GUGUAAUGCCAAUCCCAGCUCAUAUAAAAGCGCAGGAUUUGCAGGGACAGAUUGCUCAGUGACACGAGGAGUGUGUUGGCUCUGGGGUCUUUGUGACUGUUUGGGAAAACCAGGAAGAGAAUAGAAAUGCUGGGAUGAGUCCGUAUUCAUUCUGUACUCAUUCAGGAAGUUGUAGCGUCAGAGAAAGGAGCUAAAGCAACAAAGGAAGACUUUUAAAUGAUAGAGUUUCUGGGUCGCAGGUUGCCUCCGAAUGACUGGAACCUAUUCGGUUGUAAACAGAAACCAGGUUGUGGCCUGAUCUGCUGAGGGGGAAGGGCAGAAGCACAUUCCACAUUCCUGUCAUUUGCAUACAAAGCUCAGUCCAGGAGAGACGUCUCCUCCCUUCAGUCGACCCACGUGAAGAGGAAUUUGGCAGUUAAAUACGACUUGAGGGAUGAAUGAGGCUUCCUCCUCAUUAUUAAAGCGCUGCCGCCUGGUCAGGUCUGAGACCGAUCCUGUUUGCGGGUCUCAGGCGUCACAGACGUCUCCCAGUCAGGAUGCUUCAGCGCAGGACUCCUCCUUCCCUCUCUCAUCAGUAGCAGACCUGCUGGAGGGAGAGGAGACCGGUGGUACCCCUGCCGCCCGACCCGAGACCAAGCCGAACCUCCGCAACAAGUUCCAGGGAGCUUUCAAGAAGGGCAUCAGCAACCCUAUGGACCUGAUCGAGUCCACCAUCUAUGAGUCUUCGGUCAACCCGGGGCCCAAAAAGGCCCCCAUGGACUCGCUGUUUGACUACGGCACGUGUCGCGUCACCAAUAACCAGAAAUGGCGCAGGAAGAAACUCGGCCGAGGGAACACAGACAACAUGGUGUCAUGUGACGAUACCGGCUCGGACCCUCCCAGAGUUCUGAAGGUGUUUAAUCGCACGCAGCUGUUCGACGCCGUGUCUCGAGCCGACCCCAGUGCUCUGGACGGCCUGCUGGAGUUCCUGCAGAGCCACAACAAGAGACUGACGGACGAGGAGUUCCGAGAGCUAUCCACUGGGAAAACGUGUCUGCUGAAAGCUCUGCUGAAUUUAUACGGUGGAAGGAACGACACCAUCCCCUUGUUACUGGACGUGGCUGAGCAGACAGGGAACCUGUACGAGUUUGUCAACACGCCCUUCAGGGACCUGUAUUACCGCGGUCAGACCGCGCUGCACAUCGCCAUCGAGCGGCGCUGUAAACACUACGCCGAGAUGCUUGUGGAGAAGGAAGCCGACGUUCACGCUCAGGCUCGAGGACGCUUCUUCCAGCCCCGAGACGAGGGAGGAUACUUUUACUUUGGUGAGCUCCCUCUCUCGCUGGCUGCCUGCACUAACCAGCCCGGCCUGGUGCAUUACCUGACGGAGAACAGCCACAAGACGGCAGACCUGCGGCGGCAGGACUCGCGCGGGAACACGGCCCUGCAUGCGCUCGUGCACGUGGCCGACAACACGCGCGAAAACACUCGCUUCGUCACCAAGAUGUACGACCUGCUGCUCAUCAAGAGCGCCAAACUUUACCCAGAAUCCAACCUGGAGCAGGUCCUCAACAACGACGGCAUGUCGCCACUCAUGAUGGCCGCCAAACUCGGCAAGAUCGGGGUUUUCCAGCACAUCAUCCGGAGAGAAAUUAAAGACGAUGAGGUGCGUCACCUGUGCAGGAAGUUUAAGGACUGGGCGUAUGGACCCGUGUACUCGUCUCUGUACGAUCUCUCCAACCUGGACAUGUGCGGCGAGGAUGUCUCCGUGCUGGAGAUCCUCGUCUAUAAUAGCAGAAUCGAGAACCGGCACGAGAUGUUGGCUGUGGAGCCGAUUAACGAGCUGCUGAGGGAGAAAUGGCAAAAAUUUGCCGCCGUGACGUUUUACAUCAGCGUGGUGUCGUACCUCAUCACCAUGAUUAUCUUCACACUCGUCGCCUACAAUCGUCCCUCUGAUGGCAUGCCUCCGUAUUCAUACGUAACGACGGAGGACAAACUGCGUCUGGCAGGAGAACUCAUCACCCUCAGCUCUGGACUCUUUUUCUUCAUAAGUAAUAUAAAGGAUUUGUUGCUGAAAAGGAUGCCGUCCGUGACCUCGUUAUUUAUCGACGGAUCGUUUCAACUCCUCUAUUUUAUGUACUCGGUGCUGGUGCUGGUGUCGGUGUCUCUGUACCUGGCGGGGAUUCAGGCCUACGUGACGGUGAUGGUGUGUGCGCUGGUGUUAGGGUGGAUGAACACACUGUAUUUUACCAGAGGCUUCAAACUUACUGGCACCUACAGCAUCAUGAUCCAGAAGAUUCUGUUUAAAGAUCUGUUCCGCUUCCUGCUGGUCUACGUGCUCUUCAUGAUCGGCUAUGCUUCAGGUCUGGUGUCUCUGCUCAAUCCGUGUCCCCCGAACAGCACCAAACUGCCGUGGGACGCCACCAAUAAGUCGUUCUGCAGAGACCCGGCGGCGUUCAGCACCGUCCUGCUGGAGCUCUUCAAGCUCACCAUCGGCCUGGGGAACCUGGAAGAUAUGGUCCAGGGAAUGCAGUACCCUGAGGUGUGCCUCAUCCUCGCAGUCACCUACAUCGUGGUCUCCUUUGUGCUCCUGCUCAACAUGCUGAUCGCCCUCAUGGGUCAGACCGUCACCAAGGUGUCCAAGCAGAGCAAGCAGAUGUGGAAGCUGCAGUGGGCUACAACGAUCCUGGACAUCGAGCGAUCUUUACCCACGUGUCUGCGCAAAAAGUUCCGUGUGGGGGAAAUGGUGACGGUGGGAAAGAACUGGGACGGGACUCCUGAUAAACGCUGGUGCUUCCGGGUGGACGAGGUGAAAUGGUCGGACUGGAACCACAAUCUGGGAAUCAUUAACGAGGAUCCAGGACAAAAAGAGCAACACGAACAGGGUCACAACAACACCAAACGACUGCGACGAGAUCGCUGGUCCACGGUGGUUCCUCGAAUAGUGGAGCUGAAUCGAGUUCCCCGAUCCAGAGAACACGUGGUGGAGAUGACGGAACCCCUGAAGCAGAGGAACAGUUUCAACUGAAUCUGGAGCUGAACCACAGAAAAUGUUAUUUCUACUUACUGUAGAACAUCUGCGUCCACUUCCAUCUCCACAAACACUGGAGCAAACAUCUGGUCCUGACACUAUAACAGUACCUUCACACACGACGGGACUGAAACAGGACUUCAUCAGGACCUUGAUCAAUAAAAAACACAGAACUCGAUCGGAUCAGAACAGAACAUCUGGAAGCAGAACGAGAUCAGAAUCAGGAGUCCAGAUCAUUCAGAUUAUAGAAAACCAUAGGUUUUUUUUGUAUAAUCACGUGAUCCAUUUUGCAGCGUUCUUCCUCAGGGAUCUGUCUGGAGACUGUCUGGAUGUUAUUUGGUCAUAAAUUAUAAAUAUGCAGUCAAAAGCCAAACAUAGAUAUAAUAUCAAUAAAACAUAAAUAUAAUAUGAAUGAAAAUAUGAAAUGCUUUUGAGGAAAGACAAUAUUUUCAGGUUGUACUGGUUACAGGGAUUUAUUUAUUGUGACAAUAACCAGGUUUUAAAAAACACAUUAAACUAUAGUUAUUAGCGGUUCAUGAUGCAAAAUAUGAUCAAUCUGGAACAUUUCAUAUCUUUUUUUUUUUUUUUAUAAAACACCCAUGCUGUAAUAAAUGUGUGCUGAAAUAUUAAAUAUCUCUAGACUCCUGUAAGCGCAGCAUGUUGUUCAUUUUCACCUUGUAAAUAUUUCAAUAUAUUUUUUAUCUUUAUAUAAUGUUGUACUGACCAGCACAUGAACAUCUUUUAUAUGAAAAGUUAUGUGACUUUGAUGAUUUAAUAUAAAAAAGGCGGCAUUUAUUAAUGGAAUUCUGAAAUAAAAUAAAUACAUUUAAAAAAUGA